CCGCCUUAACGGUGUUGACUUUUGAGUGACUUGCAGCACCAUGACGUCCAGGAGAAAAAACAAGAAAAACUCGAAUGAAGCUGCAGAAGUCAAAGACACAAAGAAGCGCGGUGGAGGCGAGGAAGCUGAUGGCGUGGUUGCCCUGGAGACUGGCCGUGGCAGCAGGAGGCGAGGCCGGACAGCCACUCCACCCUCUCCUUCCAAGACACCAGAUUCCCCACCCAGAAAGACACGUCGUGGGGUGUCAUCUCCUAGCACCCCAAAGAGAGCCAGUCCAAGGGGACGUGGUGUUGGCAGAGGCUCACCAGCGACCAAAGAAUCUCCUGUAAAAGCUUCGCCGCGUGGUCGAGGACAAAGGAUACGCAGAGGGAGUACAGACUCUAGUGCCAGCAGUGUAGGAGCUGCAAGUGUUGCUUCCUCUUCCACUCCCACUCGCAGACGAGGAAGACGAGGUAGCAAUAGUUCAGAGGCCAGUGGUGCUUCCGAAACUCCACAGAAGACUCCAAAUUCACCACCAAACCGCCGCAGAAAGAGAGGCAAAUCAGAUAGUCCUCCAGCAGUACUUGCCAAGAAAACUAAUGGGGCAUCUCCUCAGUCGUCACCCAAAAGGUCAAGCAAAAGAAAACGGGGCACACAGGAGUCAGAUGCCUCGCCUUCAGCAAAUGGUCAGGGUAGUCACAGAACACGCAGAGGAGUCGCAUCAGAGGACCAGGAUGGGGGCACAGAGGACCCUGAAGAGCACUUGCUGAGCAGCAUGGGAAAUGGCUCACCUGCAAGCACCAAUGACUUAGGUGAGGAGGUGAAGGACAGUAAUACACCUUCCAUUGUAAGUGAGGAAGCAGGAGAGGAUAGAACGCAAAGCCCAGUAGAAAAUAAUUCCAGCGAAGAUAGAGAGGCAUUAGAUGAGCAUAUAGAGGAAGAGAAUUCAAACCAAAGCAAUGAGCUUCCAACCCAAAAGGAAGAUAGCCUGGCCAACACAGAUCAGGGUCAUGAGAAUGCAGUCAACAGCAUGUCAGCAGUAGAAUCUGAAGAAAAACAGGAUUCCAAACAAAAUCAAGCAAAGAUGUCUGACAUGAGCAAAGAUGUAGAGUCAAAGCCUUCUCAGAAUGGCAAAGAAGAAAAAGCGGGUCUUGAAAAGAGUGAAGAUAAUUGUGACAGUUCAGAGGUUUUGCAAAGUAAUAAUGAUGCUAAAAAAUCUGAUAUAAACCAAAGCCUUAAACAAGGCAAGUGUGAGUUGCUUGAAAAUAAUGAAGAUGUCAAAUUACAGCCUGUUGACAAGAGUAAUAAAGAAGAAACAAGUUGCUCUGACUGUACAAGCAGUAGUAGCAGUAUCUCAAGAGUGAAGAGAAAAAUGAGUGAUGAAGAAGGGGAUGCUCCCUGCUCAGGAAGCCCUGAGACAUUACCUACCUCCCACAAGAAACACAAAGUAGAAUCAGUUGCUCCUAGUGUUACCAAGUUCCCCCAAACUGCACACUCACCAGAAAGUGGGAGUACUGAAGUUCCUAGUGUUACCACACACUCGAAGGAGACUAAGGUAACAAAGCAGCCGGAGGGUGCAAAUAAGCAAGACUCCAGUGCUACAGAGAACCCCAAAUCCAUUUGUACACAAGGCAGAUGUUCAGGUGAUAAAUCUCAGGAAGAUAGAUUAAAGUCCAGCCCAGAAGAUUCCUCCAGAGAACCAGAGGAAGUGGUCAUGGAUACCCUCACUGUUGCCGACACCUUCCUGGAAGGCCUCAACCUCACUAGUGACCAGCAGAAGGAAAUUGUUUCCUUCAUUGCGCAGGACAUUAAAGACUCAAGUGUGGCGCAAGUGAUUGAGACGUUGGUGGAGCAGUUGGUGGGAGGCGCCUGCACAGUUGCCACAAUGAACGCACCUCGCUUCAAUAAGUUUUUACAACAACUCCUUGCACAUUACUGCAGUUUGCCCUGUAAUGUAGAUCGUAAACAUGCCUUAUGUGAGCAAGCUGUGCAGUGGGCACGGGACAGGAAGAGUGUUCACUUAAGACAUGAGUUAGAACUGACUCUCAUGACUUUGUAUUAUUCAACCAAGCAAUAUAAGAAGGCUGAGGCCAUUGCCAAUGCACUUUAUAGUGAAACCAAAAAGUUACAAGACAAAGAUAAGACUGUAAAGGCAUGUCUCUGCCUGAGUCAAGUCUACCAUGCAAUGGGUAACAUCUCCAAGGCCAGAGCCAACAUCACCACAGCCAAGACAGAAGCCCUCAAGAUAUACACGCCACCAGACAUGCAGGGAGAACUUGAUCUUCAGUCAGGCAUUAUGCAAGUGGCAGAAGGUAAGGACAUGGAAACGGCAUAUUCUUAUUUCAAAGAAGCAGCCACAGGCUUCACAUCGCGUAAGCAGCGGGCGCGUGCUUUGAAAUACAUGUUGCUCUCCAAAGUUAUGGUCAAUAGGUCAGAGGAAGGGGAAAAAGCAGUACGAGGACAGAGUCAUAUCCAGGACAUUGAUGAAGGUGUAGAAGCCAUGCUGGCUAUCACUGCUGCUGCCAACAGGUCUUCCUUGGCUGACUUCAAAAAGACAAGAGAGCAGUAUGGAGAGCACCUGGAAGGGGACAUGGUGGUGGCCAGUGUCUUAGAUGACCUCUACACCAAAAUGAUGGAGAAAAACUUAUUAAAUAUUGUUCUACCAUAUGAACGCCUCCAGAUUGUCCACAUAGCCCAGAAAAUAGGUCUUCCACGAGAAGAUGUUGAAAAACGUCUUUCUCAAAUGAUUCUAGACAAACGCAUCAACGCCCAGCUAGACCAUCGUGAUGACUGCCUCUAUGUUUAUGGUGCUGAGGAAAAAGAUGAUGUGUAUCAGACUGCAAUUGAUACUUUAUGUCAACUUGAUAAAACUGUUUCACACCUCAAUAGUAAAGUGAAGAAACUAUUGUAAUGAAAGUUUUAUCUAGGCUGGAAUGUCUUAUGAAGGAAGUAAAAGUGUAUCAUAUAAGUACAUCUGGUGAAGAGCAAGUGUCUAGGAGCACUGUAGUACAUUCUAGAUGUCUAGUGUGAGAGAGCAGACAAAAAGUUAAGUUUCUUUAAGGAUAAGAUUUAGUUAUAUUUAUAAAUGAGAAUAUUGGACUUUUUUUUCCUUUUAAUAAAUAAUGAAGUUCA